AUGAUCAAACCGAAUACCGAAAAUCUAGCGGAAGCAAUCCUCGGCCGGCACAGCACACUGGAGGUGAAGUCGCUGCAUUUGGGCGGGUUGUUCCACGCCGAGGAGGAAAUCCAGAUGACGGCCGCCAUGCCGAAUUUUGUCGGGCAGCUUCAGGGUUUCGUCUACAAUGGACACCGCUACAUCGACCUUGUAAAGACGCUUGGACCGGAGCUUUCCGCGCUACCAACAACAACGUUUAAGCUGACGGCACGCUUCAUCAACUCUCCACCGGGGUCGCCGUACCUGCCAGCGACUUUCCGAUCGAAGCACUCGUACGUUGGUUUGCCAAUGUUGAAGGCGUACUCGUCCGUGUUCAUCGAUUUCCGGUUCAAAACACUGGAACCCAAUGGUCUGCUGUUUUACAAUGGUGGCAAACGAAGCGACUUCGUAGCUGUGGAACUGGUCAACGGUCACAUCCAUUACGUAUUCGAUCUGGGUGACGGACCAAUCACAAUUCGGGACAAAGCCAGGAUUCACAUGAACGACAAUCGGUGGCACUCGGUCAGUAUUCGACGACCGGGACCCAAAACGCAUACCUUGGCGGUUGAUGAAUCCAUCGAAAUCUACACUGCCAGCGGAAACAAUAUGCACCUGGAGUUGGAAGGAAUCCUAUACGUAGGCGGUGUUUUUAAGGACAUGUACUCGCGAUUGCCGUCGAGCAUAGCUUCCCGAAAUGGUUUCGAGGGUUGCAUGGCCUCCGUGGACUUGGCCGAUACGACGCCAAGUCUGACAGAGGACGCAGUGGUGCCGAGUUCAUUGGUCGUGACAGGCUGCGAAGGCCCCACCAAAUGUAGUCAGAAUGCUUGCGCCAACCGAGGGAUCUGCGUCCAGCAGUGGAAUGCGUACGCUUGCGAGUGCGACAUGACUUCGUUUACAGGACCGACCUGCUACGACGAAUCCAUAUCGUAUGAAUUCGGCACCAACAAAGGGCUGAUUCAAUACACUUUCCCACCUGGACGGCAACCUGACACGGAAGAGGACAAUGUCGCACUAGGUUUCGUAACAACUAAGUCGGACGCGGUGCUGCUACGAAUCGAAAGCUUGACGACGCAGGAUUACAUCGAAAUGGAGAUUGUCGAGGGCAAUGUGUUCAUCGUGUACAAUAUAGGAUCACACGAUCUUCCCCUAGGCGAGAUCGGUGUCAAAGUCAAUGACAAUAAUUACCAUAUCGUGCGCUUCACCCGAUCCGGAGCCAACGCUACGCUCCAGAUCGACGACUACAAUGUUCAGACGUUAUUUCCUACUGGUCACCAAUCGACCAGCUUCACGUCAAUGUCGAACGUCCAGGUCGGCGGUAAGAUCUCCCGCAACGGACGCUCCCGUAUCGAGCGGCCGUUCAGCGGAGUGAUCGCCGGCCUCUCGGUAAACCGGCUACGAGUACUGGACCUGGCGGCAGAACGAGACCCCCACAUCAACAUGCGGGGCGAUGUACAAUUGGUAACUGGCGUUUUAGAUAGAAAUGACCAAAGAAUGCAGCAGGUUAGAAUUUUAAACAAAAAGCAAUUCGACGACCGUUCAAUCUAAGAUCAAAUUAUUUAAAAAUCAACCAAGACAACCAGUCGCUCUUUAUUGUUUAAGUUUGUCGAUACUCCUCUUCUGUAUCAGUUCUGAUUGUUUCGGUUUCAUUCGGCGCUCUCUUUCUCUCUAGUGAAAAUCAUCGAUCAAUAGUGCAAAAUUUACGCAUUAACUUUUCCGUAUUCAGCAAAAAACUAUUGAUCUUUAUUCGCUUCCUCAUUUGCGCUCUUUAGUUUCAGACCAGAUUUCCUGACACGCAUCAGCGUUGCUCCAUUUCGUUUGACGGCCAUUCAAGGAAAUGUGAUGCUGAUGCGGUUGCCCAUUUUGUUCUUAUCUUUCUUAGAAGUGUAAAUGUCUGUUUUGUGCUGUCCCUUUUUGCGAAUAUCGAACUAAUCGAGUAUUUAACAAUAGCUGAG